AUGCCGCGAGACACCUACUCCAAGCGGUCGCUCGGGACCUUGUCCAGACGCUUAAAGGAGUCGCGCGUACUCCUUGUGGGCGCCGGUGGGAUCGGCUGCGAGCUGCUGAAGAACCUCUUGCUCUCUGGCUUUGGCGAAAUCCACAUCAUCGAUCUUGAUACCAUCGACCUGAGCAAUUUGAAUCGUCAGUUCCUCUUUCGCUUUGAACACAUUAAAAAAUCAAAGGCAUUGGUCGCGAAGGAAGUUGCCCAGAAGUUUCAACCAAGCGCAAAGCUCGAAGCCUACCAUGCGAACAUCAAGGACAGCCGUUUCAACGUGGAUUGGUUUGCGAAUUUCGACGUGGUCUUCAAUGCGCUUGACAAUCUGGACGCGCGUCGCCAUGUCAACAGGAUGUGCCUAGCUGCCGAUGUGCCACUGAUCGAAAGCGGAACUACCGGAUUUAACGGUCAGGUUCAGGUCAUCAAGAAGGGCCAAACGGAAUGCUACGAUUGCAACUCAAAGGAAGUCCCCAAGUCAUUCCCCGUGUGCACCAUCCGCAGUACCCCGAGCCAACCUAUUCAUUGUAUUGUCUGGGCGAAAAGCUAUCUUUUCCCGUCUAGCGAGCUUUUUGGGACAAGUGAGGACGAGACGCCAGAAUUGGAUAGUACUGAAGAUGCCAGUAAUGCGGAAGAAAUUGCGAAUCUACGAAAAGAGGCACAGGCUCUCAAAGAAAUCCGCGAAUCAAUGGGCUCCCCCGAAUUCGCUCACAAGGUAUUUACAAAGGUUUUCAAGGAGGACAUAGACCGACUACGCGGUAUGGAGGAUAUGUGGAAGACCCGCAAGGCCCCGGAGCCCCUGGACUUUGAGAAGAUACAGGGAGAUGCUUCGUCAAUUGAGCCUACUAUUUCUAGUAACGAUCAAAAAGUCUGGACUUUGGCCGAGGACUUGGUAGUUUUUAAGGACAGCUUGGAUCGACUGAGCAAACGGCUAAAGACACUGCUAGACACCACAAAUAAUGAUGUCAAGCCCAUCCUGGUGUUUGAUAAGGACGAUGUGGAUACACUAGACUUUGUCACCGCCAGUGCUAACCUGCGAGCAACAAUAUUCGGGAUUGAGCCUAAAUCAAAGUUCGAUACAAAACAAAUGGCUGGUAAUAUUAUACCAGCAAUCGCGACCACAAACGCUAUGACUGCUGGCCUAUGUGUCCUACAGGCAUUCAAGGUCUUGAAGGAUGACUACGCACAUGCCAAAAUGAUCUUUCUCGAACGAUCAGGUGCCCGUGCAAUUAAUUCCGAUUCUUUGAAGCCACCCAACCCCAACUGCCCUGUUUGCUCGGUCGCCCAGGCCAGGGUAAAGAUUAACCCGGAGCAGGCCACAAUCAACGACUUGGUGCAGGAUAUCCUCCGCUCGCAGCUAGGGUAUGGUGAAGAGCUUUCAGUCAGCAACGAGUUGGGCACAAUUUAUGACCCCGACCUUGAAGACAAUUUGACUAAAAAGUUAUCGGAACUGGGUGUGAGCAAUGAAAGCCUCAUCACAAUCAUAGACGAGGAGGACGAGCAACCGCGUGUGAACCUUGAACUAGUUGUCAUGACUGAGAAGCCCGAGUCCUCGGCACCAGAACAAAAGCCGAUCACUUUAGUCAAGGUCCCUGAAAUUCCCCGGAAACCACAGGCACCUACGCCUACCGUUAGCGAGCACGUUAAUGGCACUUCAGAUCCGAACAAGCGCAAGCGUAAUGCCGAGGAAGCCGGCCUUACUAACGGUGAAGACCGUUCAAAGCGCGUGGCUAGUAUCUCUGUCGCUGACGGCGAUGGAUCGAAUCCUAUCGUCUUAGAUGAGACGGAAGGAGGUGCAAUUCUGAUUGACGACUGA